GAAAUUGCGGCCAUCCUGAUAAGUUUCCAGAGGCACGCAGAAUGGCAGAGUUGCGAGGUGAAGGUGCGACCAAGAAGUGGCUCCAUGCUGCUGUACUCCAGGAAGAAAGUACGUUACCGGAGGGAUGGCUACUGCUGGAAGAAAAGAAAGGACGGGAAGACGACAAGAGAGGAUCACAUGAAGCUCAAGGUCCAGGGUGUGGAGUGCAUCUACGGAUGCUACGUGCACUCGGCCAUUCUCCCUACGUUCCAUCGAAGGUGCUACUGGCUCCUUCAAAAUCCAGAUGUGGUCCUCGUUCAUUAUCUAAACGUUCCUUACCCGGACGGCGACGCCAAGCUCGCAGCUCUGCCGCCGUGUCUGGCGUUGCCGCCGGAUAAAAAGGAAUGGACGAGGGACGAGCUGGCCUCGCAGUUAAGGCCGAUGUUCCUUGGCGGUGACGAUGAUCCUAACAAUCCACACGUUAAUCAACAGUCGACCCAUUCUGUGGAUAUGAUCGUCACUCAGCUCCUGGAUAGGCAGCGAGCAUCCUCGAGCUCAUCUACCAGCACUGCGCAACUGGCCCCUAGGAGGCUCACACCCGACAAUCAGGUCUCAUCGACGACCGGGGGUCAACAAUCAUCUACCACGACUUCGGCGGCUCCACGUGUAUACUCUCGUCAUUCCCACUCUAGCCAGAGUCAGCAACCUGCUCCCUUAGUAUUAAGUUUGCAACAAAUUCAGGGCGGAGGUGGUUUACUUAUUCUUAAUAGUCAGCCAUAUCAUCACCAGCAGCAACAGCAGCAGCAGCAGCAGCAACAGCAGAGCCAACAGGUGGAAAUGCAGCAGGUCACCGAACAGCAGAUCGUUCAGCAAACUAGCGUCGAUCGGGAGCAGCAGACUAAGCAAGAGAUUGACUCGAAGGAUAGCAUUGAAAGAUCAGCUGUACAGACGCUAACGACGCCUGCGAGUGGCCAGGGCGUCGCAGACUUUGCCGAGACGCUCGAUCUUAGUCAGGAAGACAUACAGAGGACAUUGUCGGCUAACAUGGUACCUCCGUCUCCGUCGCCAUCACCGGCUGAUAACAACAUCAUAAAUCCCUUGGAUUUUAUUGAUUCUUCCGACGACGUGCUCGUAAAUCUCGACGCCUUUGACGUCUUUGGCGACCUGCAUGAGUUUCAUGAUUUUGAAGCCGAGCAGGCUAAAGCGGAUGAUCGGGGUGGUCCUGAGAAUGGUCCAGCCUGCCAUCCUGGAACUACCGUCCAUAUUGCUGAAUACAGCCCGGAAUGGAGUUAUACCGAAGGUGGCGUUAAGGUCCUAGUAGCCGGAUCAUGGACAGGUGGCACCGGGUCUCAAUCAUAUUCCGUGCUCUUCGACGUGGAGCCAGUGGAAGCGUGUCUGGUGCAACCAGGAGUGUUGCGCUGCAGGUGUCCAGCGCACGCUCCGGGAAUAGCAUCGCUUCAAGUAGCCUGCGACGGCUUCGUGGUGUCGGACAGCGUAGCGUUCGAAUACCGUCGUGCCCCAACGGCAGAGCCCAGUCCAGAAAAAGCUCUGCUGGACCGUUUGGCGGAUGUAGAGGCGCGUCUUCAGGGACCUGGACCACCAUCUCUAGCAGCCCAUCUGGAGGAACGUCUCGUAGCCUACUGCCAGGACGCCGUGGUGAGGCCCUGGCGUGCUGGUGCGGAGCCUCUACAGUCGGGUGGACCGACGCUCCUGCAUCUGGCUGCUGGUCUAGGAUACUCGCGACUAGCUUGCGCUCUUCUCCAUUGGCGGGCCGAGAAUCCUAGCAGUGUCCUCGACGCGGAAGUCGACGCUCUCAGACAAGAUGCCGCAGGGCUGACUCCUCUUGCGUGGGCUUGCGCUGCAGGACACGCCGACAUGGCCAAAAUUCUCUACAGGUGGAACGCCAUGGCCCUCAGAGUACGAGACUGUAGGAAUAGAAGCGCCACCGAGUUAGCAGCCGAGAACGGACACGCGAGCAUCGCCGAGGAGCUGAAUCAACUGGAGGCCAGACGUCGGGACGAGAAGCUGUUCGUGCGACCAGCAAGCCCCAGGAGGCUGUCGCAAGACAGCGGUCUCAAUAUCGCCUUAUGUGGCUCGCCGUUCCUGGAUAACAUGGAGUUGUUGCAAGAGGACGAGUCGUCGUUAACACUCGGUCAACAGGGGAUGGAAAGUGCCCCGAGCUCUCAAGAGACUGUAGGGGAAGAAGACGCGAGGGUCCUCACUCUGGCCGACCAAAUUAUAGCAGCGCUUCCGGAGAGGAUCAAGAGAGCCGAGAGUGAUCCACCUUCGCCAUCAUCGCCUCCACCACCGCCACCCUUGCCGCCCCUGGAGGACGCUUUGAUGGAGCAGAUGCCAUUAGAUUCUGGAGAAUUGUUCGACUCGUAUCGCGACUGCAGCGGAGGUGCUGCUUCCGUUUCUGACGUAGACGCCGACGCAAGUCCCUCGAGUCCUUCUAGCAGUUGCUUGACACCUGACUCGCCGUCGCCACCGCCGACAACUGCAGACUUCUGUGAGUUUCUGCAGCUGCAACUUCAGCUGGACGGCGGGGACGGGCACAAUGGGCAGUAUGGAUACAAUAGCAGCGAUCGCACCAUCGGUAAUGGAGUCUGUGGUAACGGAAAUGGCGGUACCGGAAGUGACGGGGGAGAGGCCGACCUCAGCAGACUCACUCUGUCGGAUCGCGAACAGCGCGAGCUCUAUCAGGCCGCAAGGAUGAUACAGAAGGCCUACAGGAGUUACAAGGGUCGUCAGAGACAGGAAGAAGCUGAGAGACACGCUGCUGUACUCAUCCAACAAUAUUAUCGCCGGUACAAGCAGUACGCAUACUACAGUUCCUUUUCUUCUGCCAGGAUGAUUGAUUCUCUGCAUUACAGACAAGCCACUAGGGCAGCGCUGGUGAUACAGAGCAAUUAUCGCAGCUACAGAGCGAGACCAGGUUCCUCAAACUCCAGACAACAAGCAGCACAUCAGCAAGCUGCCCACCAGGCUGCCCGAAAGAUUCAGCAGUUUAUGCGUCAGUCUAAGAUCAAACUGCAGAACGCCAGGGCCGUCGCAAGCGGGAACGGGAGGCAGCCAGUGGGCAUUUCACGGGGGGCUGCUGCCCUCCAAAACUCGCCCUCAUCUAGCCCAGGGGCCAACCUAGUAGCCGCCAACCCAGUAGCCGCCAGUCCCGACAUCACCUAGUAGCUGAUUGCCAAUCCGCCGGCCGUGCUCUCGGUACUCCUCUUCAGAGAGAGUGUCGACACGCUUAGGACGACGUCCCUUGUUCAUUUGAAAUUAAAAGGCGGAACAACGUAAACAGGCAACGGAUAAAGGAAACACUUUGAACUUGCGAACUCGGGAGUUUCCUCGCUGGGACGUUUAUCCAUUCUGUAUUUUUACAAUGAUUAAGGAACUCAGUAACUUGCGCAGACUUUACUCUGGACGGAAGAUCCUUUUCUUUCUUAUGAUUGUCAGUUGAGAGUUCAUUGUUGUUCUCCUUACUUCGAUCCCUUUGUUGCUGUUGUUGCCGUUACUUCUAUUAGUCACAGAAUCAAAGGACUUGGGUUACGGGUCAUCUGUUCAUCUCGGAUUGAGAUCUUCUAGUCGCAGUACCGAUUUGCCUACUGUCAACCACAUCAGAAAUGGCUCGAUCAUUCCUGCUGCGUUUUUUCUCAUCUUGUCCACGUGGGGUUAUCUGAAUGAUUUGACGCUGAGCUUUGGCUGCGUCUGCAGUUUCCUCGGAUGGACCGACUUAAUGGAGGACUCCUCGCUUGUUAGGCUUACCGAAUGGUUUUCGGCACGUGAUAGAGAUAUGGUUCCAUACACUUGGCUGUACUAUACAACUAUAGUCGCAUAGUUCAGACGAAUAAUUCUAUUCUAUUAAAUCAAGUGUAGAGAUUCUGACGUGACUCCGAGUGGAAUCCAGAUUUUAGGAUACGAGGGAUAGGACAAAUAAAGGAAAAGACAUGUGUUGAGCGGUCAGGGAGAGAGAGAGAGAUUCUUUUUUGAAAAUUAUCUUGCUCGAGUCUUGUUAUCGAGUAGCGGACGAUAACGAGGAUUGGAGAUCAUGCUUUUAUCAGUAAUCAUACUGUUAUUAACUACUACAACUAUUAUGGUGCUAUCGAGCGUACGCGAGAGACAUUGCUUUCUUUUUUAUUAUUUCUAUGUCGUGUUAGUUUAAACCGCGCGUAACACCAAUGUCCCGAAAGCGCUUAGGGUGCUGGAGGUGACUUACUAGGAAGGUUUUGCAAAGGGGAGGUGGGCAUUUCCUUGCCGUAAUUAAUUAUCACAAAAUAUGGCAUUCCUAAAAGUAGUAGAAAAAGAAAAAAAUGACGCGUACUAAUUCUACAUACUACUCCGAUUUAAUAUGACAAUUCGAUAUACAACGUAGGUGGGAAGAGAGAUCUAUUUGGAUCUUGCCGUAGAAUGGAGAAGCGAGUCAAUGAUGGUAGAGAAGGUUUAGUGAUUGAGCGAUUAAAAUCAUAAAAUUUUGAAAUCGUGACAAACCGUUAAGUUUUCCCGCUGGUUCGUCGCUACUUCGCAUCGAAAAUGCCGCUCGGACGGAUUCGAAAGGACUUUCCAGAGAAUUCGCACGUACGAGAAGAGUCUCUUGUUGAGAUAGCAGAUCGAUUAGGAAAAGAAAAAAAGAAAAGGAUAAAGAUAAGGAUUAUUAAAAAAAGAGAGAUAACGAGAGCUCUUCGACGGGGCCCUUGAUUCACGGGCUGUGCUCGAGUAUCGCAAUUAUUAUAAAAAAUGUUCUUAUUGUUAAACAUUUUCUCUAGGCUAAUUAUUGCAUUGUUAUAUCAAUUUAUCUAACGUUUUUUCUCUUACGGGGGAGAUCUUUUUGAAUUACAUAAAAAAGUGCGUAGGUGGAUUACGAACGUACCGGCGAGUGCGGCACAGCCAGAUGAGAAAGAGAGAGUGAGAGAGAGGGGGGCCCCGCGGUUCCCGCUGAUAAAACAUUGUGAUAAAUCCAAAGUGAUCCAAGAAAGUAUUUCCGAAGUUUUGACGCCCGGGCUGAUGUCAAAAUGAAGUAAUAAACAAAGAAAAAGAAAAAAAAAAGUGUGAAAACAAAAAAUAUGUACGAAGACGAUUAAACACAGACAGGCAGACAAAUCCAUCUGGCGUGGCGUGUAUUCCGUUGCUAUCGUGACGUCGACGAACUUCCUAACCUACCAGGCGCGAAGUCUCAAUAAUUUGUUUUCCCACCUGCCCCUCCACCCUCUGGCCCUCAACGAUUUGCGAACUUCCUAGGGGAAGAGAGGGGCGGCCGGGCGGGAGGGACAGGGCCGUAGGAACUAUGGGGAUCCUAAAGGGAGACGCCCGAGCACGAGACGUCGUGACGGCUACGCGACGGCACGCGCGUCGAAGCGAAAAUAUAAUUGUACACACGAGUCAAUUCCAACGAGCAUUUUCAUGCCACUAAGCUUAAAUAAUUAUUAGUUAUUAACGUAAAAAAGAAAAAAGGUAUACAGACAGACGAGGGAAGAGAGGAGUAAAAAAUAGAUAAACCCAAAAAAAAAAAAAAUUCAAAUAAUAAUAAAUAAUACAAAAGAAAACACACACUCUUUCAAUCAUUGUUAUAUUAAUUAAUCACGAUCCUAUCGAUACUUAAACGAGACGAGUAAGAAUCUAAUUAUACACAAACUAUUAUUAUAUUAAUAUUUUUGCUUAUUACGAUUUUUAAGAAUCUAUCGACGAGGCUUAGCGACUAAUGAAAAUAAAAGGGAAAAUUAAUUAAAUUAAAUAAAUACCUCGGCGACUUUAUCCGCGACCCGUUCGCGUGAGGUUCUUAUUAACUGACGGUGCGGGCUUUGCCGGGCGCGGUAAUUCGUGUUUUUUGGCAAUCAUGGGCUUUGAAUUUUACAUAUGAAAAUUUGAUAAUGACUGUCGGAUGUAUCGGCGAGCGAGAGUGCGUGUGCGUGUUGUGCGCGGAUGCGUGAUUGCGUGAAUGCGGGCGUCUGGUCGUCUAACCGUCGAUAAUCGAUUGUAAGAUCGAUUUUGGGUAACGAUCGAAGGAAAAAUAAAUAAAUAAAUAAAUAAAAUGUUCGCGCUACGCGCAAAACUCUACUUUCUUCGAUUAGGUGCUUUUAAGAUCCGUUUCGAAAGUUCUCGUUACCGAUUUAAUUACGAAUUAAACUAAAUACAAAGCAUAGAGAGAUAUUUAAAUGAGAACUAACGCAGUAUCGCUAUUUGAAUAACGGAAAAUAUUAAUAAAUAAAUAAACCGCAGUAUUUCGUCCACCGAUCGAAUCGAUCCUCGCGUUUACGUCCUUUUUCGUAAUUACGUAACGAUUAGCAAGUGUUACGAAACUUUUUUUUUCUUCUUUUUGGGCUUCGUGUUAUUCUCUCUCUUUUUUUUUUUUCCUUUACUCUUCCUUCUCUUGCUUCCGUUCGUUCGUCGACUCUCAUUGUCAGUCAUACCAAUCGGACUCCUCGAGAUUUUAAUAUUGCGCGAUCGAGUAGUGCGUACGAGGCGCAAUUAUAAAUUUUUUUAAUCAAUUAAAAUUUAAUCAGUGGAUAAAUACGAGAGACAAAUCCGAGACGCGCUACCGACGUUAUAAAGAAAAAGAAAGAAGGAAAAGUGAAAAGAGUGAAGGGAGAUUUUUUUUUAUUUUUCAGUUAAGGGGUAUGGGGGGAAGUUGAAUUAUGGGUGGGAGGGAGGUAAUACUAAAAUAAAUAAAUAAAAUCGCUAGGGUAGGCGCUUCGAGAGGAAUGCAUAACUUUAAAGUCAUUUAAACAGUUUAUUCUCAAGAGAUAUAAAGAUUUACUAAUUAAACGUGAUUAACGACCCGAGGACAGCAAUUAUGAAAAUGAGAUACGGACACAAGAUAAUACUGCACUUAUACACACUCUUUACGGACACACGGGGAAAAAAAAAAAGUACUAAUACACGUGACACUUUUACACACACAAGAAAAUGGGAAUGACAAAAAAAAGGAAAAAAAGAAUUUUUAAAAUCCUAUAUAAGAAAGCCAAGAGUCAAAGACGACUAGAUGAUAGGUGCCGCAUGGCCUAACUGCUGCCACUUUAAUUAAUUAAAUAAUUAAUUAUAAAACUUUAUUACUAUCUCGAUUAAGCGAUAAACGGAUGAUUACACGUCAUGCCGCCUUUUCAACUAUUUUAGAACGCAGAACGAGUAGCGAUUUUAGUGACUAUUUACUUCUUCGAGUCGGAAAAGUAAAAAGGCAAAAAAAAAAAAAUGAUAAAUGAUAAUCCAACGCUAGAUUCGAGAGAUUCCGAAUUCUUUCACUCUCCAAUUUAAUACAUUGUAUUUUUAGUGAAACAAAUGAGAAUAAAAAAAAAAUACGUCCAAGUGUUCAAGACGACUAGCUAGGGGCUUAUGGAGAAUACGCGACAGUUACGACGAUCGACCCAUCGAAUCACUCGAUCGAUCGAUUAAUCGCUCCUGGAAUAUUAUUAGCAUCUUUCAUUCUCGUUUAUAAGAAUUUCCUAGAUCGUGUCGAUUAUCCACGUGUUCGUAUUAUCCUAGUCUUACCAGUACUUAAUGACAGUUCCUAUUCUUUUAUUUAUAACCCGAUGUAACAAUGAUCGCACGUGGUUUUACAAUGGUUAUCGUGUCUCCUAAUGUCACGUGGAAGGAAUAUUCGAGAUGUUUUCACGAAGGGUCAAUGACCCUUGCGAGGUAUCACUGAGACUGUUGGGUGAGCACUUGGACUACUUCGACGAGAGAUCGAGAGGGAGAAGAAAAACUUAUGGAAAAAAAAAAA